AUGGAAGAACUCGUUGGAGAGCGUAAUAAACUUCAAGAAAAAAUCAACAAGGCAACAAAACUAAACAACUCAAGCAAUCCACUUAUUGAAGAUAUCAAUGUAUGGGAAAAGAUUACAGUUGAAAAAGUGCAACAAACAGCUGAACAUGCGCGUCAACAGGUUAAUGAGCUGAUGAAUUCAAAAUCUAGAAAAAUUACAAAUGAGUUCAAAGGCUUCUCAGAUGAAUUAGCUGAUUUAAAAGAAGCUGAUGAUUAUAUUGAACAUGAUUUAACAAGACUUAAACAAAAGAUUGAUCAACUUAAUAUAGAGUUGACUCAUUUUUCUCAAGCAACUAUAAUUGAAUUUAAUAAAGAAGAAAGUGAAAGAAUAAAAUGGGAUCGUAUUAUCUACGUUCAAGAAAAACCUGUCGAAGUUGAAUAUCAACAAACACCAACAAUAAUGAUAGAAAGCCCAGAAGCAACUGAAUCACUUUCUCAAAGGAAACUUGAUUGUGGCGGUCAAGCUUGUACAUAUUGUGGUAAAUGUUCUGGUUGGUAUUAUAAUCGUAAUAAGGAACGUUAUGUCCGUCGUGAUGGUAACACUUGUCGUCGUGAUAAUGGUAAUAGUUAUGAUGAUCGUGAUGAUGAUGAUGAUGAUGAUGAUGAUAGUCUUGAUCAUAGUUUUCUUCGUGGUCAUCGUAGUUAUCAUUAUCUCUGCAAGUGCAAAUAG